UUCACGAGAAGAAGAAAACAAGGAAAAGGUUGGAACGCACCUCCGUUUUCAGAAACGCAACAAUGGUGUCUGGUACCAACACCAAUGUAAAGAGGGACCUUCUCUGUGCUUUUUGCUCCGCUUUGCUGGUUUUGAGCUCGGUCACAUCCGCAGAGGAAGGCGCUCAGCUGAAAAGCUCCCAGUGUCACAACUAUGCAGGAGGACACGUCUAUCCCGGAGAGGCUUUUCGUGUGCCUGUCUCUGACCAUUCCCUGCACCUCAGCAAAGCUAAAAUUUCAAAGCCUGCACCGCAUUGGGAAGGAACAGCUGUCAUCAACGGGGAAUUCAAAGAGCUGAAACUGUCUGACUACAAGGGAAAAUAUCUUGUGUUUUUCUUCUAUCCGCUGGACUUCACAUUUGUCUGCCCUACUGAGAUCAUUGCUUUCAGCGACCGUGUGCACGAGUUUCAGGCCAUCAACACGGAGGUGGUCGCCUGCUCAGUGGACUCCCAGUUCACCCACCUGGCCUGGAUUAAUACCCCUAGAAAGCAGGGUGGACUUGGACAGAUGAAAAUCCCUCUGCUGUCUGACCUCACCCACCAGAUUUCUAAAGACUAUGGAGUCUAUUUGGAGGACCAGGGACACACACUGAGAGGUCUCUUCAUCAUUGAUGACAAAGGCGUCCUGAGGCAGAUCACCAUGAACGAUCUUCCUGUUGGGAGAUCUGUAGACGAGACUCUGCGGCUGGUCCAGGCUUUCCAGUACACAGAUAAACACGGAGAAGUGUGUCCAGCCGGGUGGAAGCCAGGCAGCGAUACAAUCAUUCCAGACCCAUCUGGCAAACUCAAGUAUUUUGAUAAACGGAACUGAGUGACUUUUCCUUCCCAAGUUUGUGAAAUCCGGCCAACUUCAAAUAAAAUGUUUUCAUUAAA